GUAGGAGAGGGUUAGAUCAUGUGGCAGGGGUGCCUUUGGUGCUCUAGAGUCUGAUAUUUUUAAGGCAAGGGAUUCUUUUUCUUCAUAUCCCACCCCGGACCCUCAAACACCUUCUUCAAACUCGCUGACUGCCAUUGAGUUCAGAGAGACAAUAUGGCAUAUCUAAGAACUGGGACCUGGGCUAGGCAGGCCUGGAUUGAAAUCCUGGUUCUACCGUGUGCUUGCUGCAUGACCCAGAACAAACGACUUCACCUGCUAAGCUCAGCUCCUCAUCGGGAAAAUGGGGAUAAUAAUAGUACCUAGUUCUUAAGGUAGCUAUGAGGCUUGACUGGGGUCAUUCAGAUAAUUGCACUUAACACAGUACCUGGCUCUUACUAUGCACUUAGUAAAUGUUGGCUGCAUCUUCUGACUAUAUAACCUUGGACAAGUCACUUCCUCUUCUUGCCUUAAUAGUCGUCAUCUUUCAGGUGUUGUUUCGAUUGAUCACCUUUGUCUUGAAUGCAUUUAUUCUUCGCUUCCUGUCAAAGGAAAUUGUUGGCAUAGUGAAUGUAAGGCUAACACUGCUUUACUCGACCACCGUCUUCCUGGCCAGAGAGGCCUUCCGUAGAGCAUGUCUGAGUGGGGGCACCCAGCGAGACUGGCGCCAGACCCUCAACCUCCUGUGGCUAACAGUCCCCCUGGGUGUGUUUUGGUCCUUGUUCCUGGGCUGGAUCUGGUUACAGUUGCUUGAAGUGCCUGAUCCUAAUGUCAUUCCGCACUAUGGAACUGGAGUGGUAGUGUUUGCUCUCUCGGUCGUGGUGGAACUUCUAGGAGAACCCUUCUGGGUCUUGGCACAAGCACAUAUGUUUGUCAAGCUCAAGGUGAUUGCUGAGAGCCUGUCGGUAAUCCUCAAGAGUGUCCUGACAGCUUGUCUCGUGCUAUGGUUGCCUCACUGGGGACUGCACAUUUUCUCUUUGGCCCAGCUUUUCUAUACUACAGUUCUGGUGCUCUGCUAUGUUAUUUAUUUCACAAAGUUACUGGGCUCUCCAGAAUCAACCAAGCAACAAACUCUUCCUGUCUCCAGAAUGACCGAUUUGUUACCCAAUGUUAUGAGAAGUAGAGCUUUUGUAAAUUGGACAGAGGCCAAAUUGACUUGGAGUUUUUUCAAACAGUCUUUCUUGAAACAGAUUUUGACUGAAGGCGAGCGAUAUGUGAUGACAUUUUUGAACGUGUUAAAUUUUGGCGAUCAGGGUGUAUAUGAUAUAGUGAAUAAUCUUGGCUCCCUUGUGGCCAGGUUAAUUUUCCAGCCGAUAGAGGAAAGUUUUUAUAUAUUCUUUGCUAAGGUGCUGGAGAGAGGAAAGGAUGCCACACUUCAGAAGCAGGAGGACAUUGCUGUGGCUGCCGCGGUUUUGGAGUCCCUGCUCAAGCUGGCCCUGCUGGCCGGCCUGACCAUCACUGUUUUUGGCUUUGCCUAUUCGCAGCUGGCUUUGGAUAUCUACGGAGGGACCAUGCUUAGCUCGGGAUCAGGUCCUGUUUUGUUGCGUUCCUAUUGUCUCUACGUCCUCCUGCUUGCCAUCAAUGGAGUGACGGAGUGUUUCACAUUUGCUGCCAUGAGCAAAGAGGAGGUCGACAGGUACAAUUGCACAAUGCUGGCCCUGUCAUCCUCAUUCCUGGUGUUAUCCUAUCUCCUGACCCGUUGGUGCGGCAGCGUGGGCUUCAUCUUGGCCAACUGCUUUAACAUGGCCGUUCGGAUCACACAGAGCUUUCGCUUCAUCCACCGCUACUACCGAAAGAGCCCCUACAGGCCCCUGGCUGGCCUGUACCUGUCACCGGUCCUCCUCGGGGUGUUUGCCCUCAGUGGUGGGAUCACUGGUGUUUCAGAGGUGUUCCUCUGCUGUGAUCAGGGCUGGCCAGCCAGGCUGGCGCAUGUUGCUGUGGGCACCUUCUGUUUGGGAGCUACUCUCGGGACAACGUUCCUCACAGAGACCAAGCUGAUCCACUUUCUUAGGACUCAGUUAGGUGUGUCCAGACUCGCUGACAAAAUGACGUGACCUCAGGGAUGCACUGACACCGGUGGCACCUGGACCAGCUGUGGGGCGGUUUUGUGGGUGGAACACCUUUUCCAUGCAGAAGAGCCCUGCUGGGGGUCUGCAGUGGAGUGAGACCAACCUAAGCAGGUGAGACAGUGGAGAAAAUCAACAGACCAAAUACUUACUGUCCAGUUGAAGUCUGAAACAGGAAGGAAAAGUUCCAUUUUUAAAGGAAGGCCUACAAGCUCUUUUAAAAUAGAUACAAUUAUUUUUUUCACCA